UCUCCAUUCUCCAUUCACACGGUCUCGCGCCGCCGCACCUCGAUAGCUGGCACUGCCGCUCCGUUGCAUCCAUGGCGGCCGAUGGGGAGGAGGCCCCCAAUCCCGCCCCACCUCCGCCCCCGCUCUCGCUUCCACUUCUGUCCUACCCUGAGAUGAUCCUGGAGGCGAUCGACGCGCUGGACGACGAGAACGGCUCCAACAAGAUGGCGAUCGCGGGCUACAUCAGGGGCAAGUACGGCGCCAGCCUCCCUCCCGCGCACACCACCCUCCUCGCGGCGCACCUCUUCCGCAUGAAGACCACCGGCGAGCUCGCCUUCGCUAGGAACAACUACUUCCUCCCUGACGACGACGAGCAGGAACCCAGCGCGUCUGCCCCCGCCGAUCCCGCAUCUCUGCCGCACCUCCGCUUGUCCCCCGAGCCCAAGGACCCCGUCGCCGAGGCUACCGAUGGCGCGCCGUCUGCAGCUUUCGUCUUCGCUGCUGAUGCCGAUGGCGUCCCUGCUCCAGCUACCGUCGUCGUCGUUGAUACCAGUACCGUGCCUGUCAAGCGAGGACGGCCUCCCAAGCCCAAGGACCCUGCCGCCGAGGCAACCAGUGGUGCGCCUGCUGCAGCUCCUGUCGUCACCGCUGAUGGCAGUGCCGUGCCUGUCAAGCGAGGGCGCGGACGACCCCCCAAGCCCAAGGACCCUGUCGCUGAGGCCAAUGCCCAGGCCAGCAGUGGCAUGCCCCGCCCGCGUGGCCGCCCGCCCAAGAAGGCCAAGGUCGCGCAAGAAGCUCCCGUUGGCGCGCCCGCUCCAGCUUCUAUCCGCGCAGCUGAUGCCAACGCUGUGCCUAUCAAGCGCGGGCGUGGACGACCCCCCAAGCCCAAGGACCCCGUCGCUGAGGCCAAUGCCCAGGCCAGCAGUGGCAUGCCCCGCCCGCGUGGCCGCCCGCCCAAGAAGGCCAAGGUCGCGCAGGAAGCUCCCGUUGGUGCGCCCGCUCCAGCUUCUAUCCGCGCAGCUGAUGCCAACGCUGUGCCUAUCAAGCGCGGGCGUGGACGCCCCCCCAAGGUGAGGCCUCCGGUGGUCGCUGAGUCGGGCAAUGCUUAAGCAUCAUCCGUUCUUGAAUCCUGCUGUGAUUGCGAUGGCGGUAAGGUUUUGGGUUAACUGUGCUCUUCAAAUCGUGGUUGGUACUACUUGUGGGUUAACUGUACUCUUCAAAUUGUGGUUGGUACUAAUUGUUCGCGACUAGUUGCUUAGCAUGUGUUGAAGUAAGGUGAGAGCUAGUAUGGAUGGGAGUGCGCGUACAAUGGAUGAUGGAUGAAGUGUCUUUGUUGACUGUUCUGCUGGGAGAAACCGAGUUAAUAUUACUGUGCCCCCUUAUUACUUGAUUGCUGAUUAUGAUGA